UUAACUAUAUAGCGAUAUUAAUUGAUUGAGGAUGAGAUAAUUGCCAAUUUACAUGAUAAAUAUAUAUGAAACAAAUCGGCUUAUAAUUGGAAAUUUCAAAUAUCAAUAAGAAAAAUGGCAAAUUUUAAAAAAUAUAUAGAUAUUGGAGCAAACUUAACCGACGGUAUGUACCGAGGAAUCUAUCACGGUUUAAGGAAACAUGACCCGGAUUUACAUAAGGUCUUGGACCGUGCAUGGUCAGGGGGUCUCAAUAAAAUUAUUAUUACUGGAGGAAGCCUAUCAGAAAGUAAAGAAGCUUUAGAACUGGCACAUACAGAUUCUAGAUUGUUUUCUACUGUAGGAUGUCAUCCAACUAGAUGUGAUGAAUUUCUUAGUGAUAGCCCUGAAACAUACCUCAGUGACCUUAGUGACUUAAUAUUAGAGAACAAAGACAAAGUUGUUGCUAUUGGAGAAUUUGGGCUGGACUAUGAAAGACAAAAUUUUUGUCAAAAGGAUGUUCAGCUCAAAUAUUUUGACCUACAAUUGCAGUUAUGUCAUAAUCACAAAUUGCCACUGUUUCUGCACUGCCGAGCUGCUGCUGAUGAUUUGGUAUCGAUUUUAGAGAAACAUCGAGAUAAUAUUACUGGUGGAGUCGUUCAUUCCUUUGAUGGUUCCUAUAAUGCCCUUCAAAAGAUUUUAGAUUUAAAUUUGCACAUAGGUAUAAAUGGAUGCUCAUUAAGAACAGAAGAAAAUCUAGAAGUUGUUGCAAAGAUACCACAAGAUAAGUUACUGAUUGAAACUGACUGCCCUUGGUGUGAAGUUAAACCAACACAUCCAGGACACAAACAUGUAGUUACAAAACAACCAACAGUUAAAAAAGAAAAGUGGACUCUGGAAAAUGAUAGUCUUGUGAAAGGGAGAAAUGAACCUGUAAAUAUUGUACAAGUUUUGGAAAUUUUAGCAGCAAUACGAAAUGAAGACAUCCACCAACUUGCAGAAGCUAUUUAUGAAAAUACCACAAAGUUAUUUUUUAAGAAUAAAUCAUGUUAAUUUUUAUAAUAAGGAAUAAUCAUAAAUUGUUUUCUUUUUUUUUGUUAAAUACCUCAACUUCACUCAAGACGAAAACAAAAAUUGAGGUUACCUUGUGAUUAUUUUUUGAAUCAAGAAAUUUAUAUUGAAUUGAUUUUUAAUAAGAGUCACCCAUUGAAAUAAUAGUGAAGGAUCAAUCUACAUAUUAUAUUUAUUAUUUUUAAGUUAAACAUAUAUUUAUAUAAAAUCCAAUCUACGAUGAUUGAUUUUGGUUAAAUAUGCCCGCUCUUUAGUUAAAAGUCAAGUGCUCUUACUAAAAAUUAUAAAAAGUAACAAAGAAAAUUAACUAAGGUCAAAGGAAACAUACUUUGGAAUGCUUAGUAAUGUGGACCAAAGAUUGGCUUGUUUAUCAUUUCAAAAUAAUGUCACAUUUAACUCUCUGCAAAAAAUUGUACAAAUAAAGACAUUUAAAUUUAGA